AUGUGACAUUUGUCAAUUUAUUUUGUCAUUUGCCUGGGUGUGUUGAGUUGUGGAUUUCAGAAAUACUUUAUAACUGUUUUCAAUAUUUAUUAAAAGACUAUUUAACUGUUCGCUAUGAGUAACUUAGAAGAAAAUGGAAAAAACCCGCCGAUAAGUGAUUUAAAUGGCAGCAUAAACAGUGAAAAACCACGCAAAGAUUGGGUAAAAUUUGAAGAAGAUUCGUCUCUAUCUUCGGUGCCUCUGUCGGAGAUAUCACCACAAGCGGCUGCUGCUAUUGUACCCAGCACAUCCGAGUCCACAACUUCGGCACAUCCAGCAGUAUUGAAGACUGAAUCGGUGCAUGUAAACUUAGAGCGCGGUGACAAAUCUGUGGAAGUCGCGCCUCAACCAACGUUAACUAAAAAUGUUGAAUUUGUUAACAUACGUACGGGUUUUUCGAAUGGGGACAUCAUAGUAACGAUACUUCCAUCAAAUACCAAGUGGCCAUGGGUUACAGCAGCACGCUUCAGACCCGAAUUAGUUCCUGAAGAACUCAUGGCUCAAGGACUUACUCUUACUGUUGAAGAAUAUGUCCAUGCCAUGGAAUUACUUGUAAAUGAUGCCCGCUUCACUCUGUACAAUAUCUGCUACAAGCGUGUUCUUGUUUGUUGGAUAACACUUGCAUUUCUGGUGCUCCUAGCUCUACUCUUUUCUGGAUUGACAGGUCUCUUACUCUUUUCCCUCGGUGUCUUAUGGCUAGUACUUAAUGCUGCUGCUAUAUUCCUUUGUAUGUGGAUAAAAUUAACUCUUUCAAAGGGCCUGGAGCAAUGUCUGGCAAGUGUGAAUAAGUUGCUAAAUAAACAUAAAUUGAUAUUGGCCUUGGAUGAUCGAGGAAAGAUAUCUUGCCAUAAAGUUAAUCUUUGUUUCAUUUACUUUGAUUCUGGUCCAUGUGUGGCUCAUAUUCAGCAGUUUAUUGAGAGUGAAGAGGGCAAAACUAUAAUGCAAGGCUGGGAACACAGACUUGAUGUGUCGGCAAAUGAUAUCGUCAUUCAAGGAAGUCAGUCAACUAGGUUGUCUCGGAAACAGGAAAGAGGUGCGCUUCUUUAUUUGCGGUACGUGGGGCGAUGGGGCGCCAUGGCUGUCAAAAACAGACUUAAUCUCAGCAGCACCGUGCCCGGCCGCCAUGGUGAGAAAUACGUCUGCCCUUGCCAGUUCGUAGAGGAGCACCUUAAAUGCAAGCCACCGGCUGGCAUUGCAAAGUUUUUCAUGUUACCGAAUCAGAAUGUUCAACUGUUUUAAAAGUGUUGUUGUAUUAUUGAAUCCGUCCAAUGUAUGUUGUAUAUAACAUAUCAGCAUAUCACAUAGGUUAAGAAAACUUUUAUGAAUAUAAUUGUUAUAGCCGUUAUAGGUAUCAAUAAGUUAUUAUGUGCCCUUAUCUAUUUAAUAUUUAUUGACCCGAAAUGUUGAACGUCCCUAACCAUUAAUUUAAGCUCUAACGGGUUAUAUAUUAUACAUAUUUAAUAGUUAUAUUUAUGGAUAGAUAUUGGUAUUUAUGGACAGUAUUACCAUAUAAUAAUGACUGAUCUCUGUGAAAAGAUGUGUUGCUCCUAAAUACAUUUCACGGGGUACCUUUAGGUAGGUACUGCAAGGUUUCAGUCCCAUAUGUUUUGUAAUGAAUUGGACCUCUCUGUCUCUCUGACAUAUUGCCUUUAAUUAAUCUCUUUACCGUGUAAUACUGAUACAUUACCUGCUGUUCACUUCUUCAAUGAGUAUGAUUUCAUACUUUAUUUAAAUGCUAUUGGUACAUUGUUUAUGGUGUUCAAACUGUCCCACCAUACUUAUUUAUACAUAGUAUUCUUAACUCAUAUGUAGAAACGCACAAGUUAAUAAUUACUAUUAUAAAUAGAUCUCUAAGCAAAAAACGUAAAUAUUUUACUUUUAUUUAUACAUAUGUCAACAAAUUGCAAUAUGUACCUCUAAAAACCAUAUGAAUAAUAUCUUUAUUUUAUGAUUUGUUAACCCUGAAAAUAGUAAAAAUGUAUAUGAAAUGUACGUAAAUGCGAAUUUGUUCGCCGCUUUCACUAUUAAGAAGUGGAGACGACAAAAGAAAAUUUUAUAAGCGUAUUAAUACGUAAUUAUUAAAAACCCCUUGUAAAUAUUAAUAGGUUUGGUAUCGAAUAUUUAUGCAUUUGUGGCCAUAAUUAUCUAAAAGCCAUUGUAUAUAAUAUAAUAUACUGUUUAACUAAACUUCAUUAAGAAAAAACCACUCUAGGUGGAAUAGUGUAAGAUACCCCAUAUUAUGGAUUUAAUUUUUUUGAAUAAUAUUAGGGAGAGUUUCAUAUUCAGCAAAACAUUGGUGGCAAGUAUGUGGACAUAGGUCUUCAAAACUAAAGUAGGUAACCCAAACAAAUCAUAUUUGUUUCGCUUAAUGCAGCUCUAAGCGUGUAUAUUUCAAAUAUAACGUAUAUUGUAAAACAAAGCUGCUCUGUACGGUUUUUUAAGCAUAAAUAUGCAUUAAUUAUUUCUUUAUAACUAUCUAAUGUCGGAUAUUUUGUUAUGGUAUUUUAUCGGUAUUAUUAUUCUAUAAACUCUGUGUUAGAUUAAGGCCGUUCCAUCGGUUUGCCGCUGUCACUGUCACAUUUCGCAAGAAAGAACGGGAAAGAUCAUGCGCGUCAAGUGUCAAUUUUGAUCGAUUUUUUCCACGUCUACGAAUAUUAACGCCUCCUAGAAAAACUUGAUCAUAUAAGGAGAUUUUUCGCCUUCUGGCUCAGGGAACCGCCUUAAGUUGAGAUUGAACAUAAAUUACAUAUAGUGGUAAUACUUUUUCACCUCAGCAGCUCGAACAGGCCUACUUUCGUCACUCCCUGGAGUGAGGAAAGUGCGACUUUCCUCACUCCAGGGAGUAUAACAAUGUAGCUUUUUAAUUUAGUGAAGGCCAUGAACUUCAUACUUUUAUUACAUUUUUUUUAUGGUAUGGUAUGGUUUGGUAUGGUAUGGUAUCGUAUCGUAUCGUAUCGUAUGGUACAUAUUAUAAUACUUUUUUUUCUGUUUCUUCUGUGUAAUUCGAAAUACAUUUUAACCUUUAAUAUGUUCUCACUACUGAGGUGAAAAAUUAUGUGUGCAACACGAGAGCAAAGUUAUUUUACAUCUCGUGUUUUUGAGUCCCUCGCUACGCUCAAGAUUCUACCUUAGAAUCUUUCGCUUUCUCGGGACUCAAAAUAAACACUCGCAAGAAAAACCAACUUUCCUCUCUUGUUGCACAAAUAACUAUUGUAACCCCGUAUAAAGUAAGUAGUUAGUUGUAUUGUAAGUAAUACAUAUUUCUACGCCGAUAGAGGCAGAAUAUGACGCACUUAUUGUAAUUUGACCAUCUUUGUACCAUAUUCUAUGAAAUAAACAUUUGUAUUUGUAAAACGGGUAAAAAAUAUGUUUUUGCGAUAACGGGAGAAGUUAUUCACUCAUUAUUCGUGAACACCUAUAGUAUCUAUAGAAUUCAUUCAUGGUUAGGUAUUCUAAUAAAUACACAUACCUACUUUAGACGAGUGUAUAAAAAAAUCUCGAAAAAACUUAACUUUUUUUGGUUCGGUAGUUAAGGGUUCCAAUUAACCCUCCGCUGAAUGACCGGCCGCCUGUAUGUCUGUAACCCGGGCUAUAUUGCUUGUAAUGUGUUAGGGUCGUCAGGGCAAAUAUGGCUGCGUCACUUUCUCUUAAAAAAAAAAAAAGAUGCAACAUGAAUAUUUCGGAGUAAAUUUUUUCGUAAUUGUAUGAAGGUAGGUACGGAAACCUCCAUUUUGCGUGAUUCAACGUGCACUUGGCCGGCUUUUUAAAUUAACUAUAGCUACUUACACAGUAAAACUCGAUUAAUUUAUUAGUUUUAUUACAUUUUAUUUUUUAUUGAUUUUUUUUCGACUGAAUUUAGAUCACAAUCUAAUGCAGCUAGUCAGUGAUUUUUUUCUCUUAAAAAUAUUAGCCAAAUCUCAUAAAUGUUGUUUUAAAAUUUUAGCUAAGAAAAAAGUAAUAUAUUUUGAGCUGGAUUGUUUUUUAAACAUAAAUACUUUACAUAAUUAUUCACGAUGAAUUUAUUGUUAAAAUAUAUACCUACAGUACGUGUUACCUUUACUAAUAACAAGGUGUUUUUAUAAGAAUAUAAUAAAUACUAUGUAUCUUUAUAUAAAUAAAUUACAUUUUAUAUUUUAAUGUCUAUAAAUUAUUACAGUCGUAGUAGCAAUAAUACAAUGUUUGGUGCAAAAUUGUUAGUUGUGGAAUAUUAUAUUUAAAAUUGCAGUUAAAUUCAAUGAUAGAGAUAACUGACCCCCCUCCCCCCCUGCAUAGAAAUUCGUUAGCAGGGGGGUCAGUUAUCCCUGCAGGUUACUGUACCUACAUUGUAGUUUUCUACUUAGCUCCAGCGUGAAAGUGGUGUGUCUAUAUUAAUGUAAUAUAAAAAUAUCUGCUCAUAUUUAGUAUGUGAAUGGAUGUUUGAAUAAGUCUUAAUACAUUCCGUCCAAAUUUGUAAAAGUACUUAAAAUGUUAGAAUUAAGCAAUAAAAUUCCUUAUACACCUAUAUUUAUGUAACUUUUAAAGAAAUACAUAAUACUUUUUACUAUUUAA